CGUGGCUCACCGGGCCCUACACUCCAAACUCUAUAAGACCGGCUCUCCAACGUUCAAAUUUUCCCACUCAGCCCGCAUCAGGAAUCAACCGCUGCAGCGAAUCCUCCAAGAAUCCGGGGACCAGUCCGCAAAAAUGGCGGCCAGUUCGAGGAACCACGAGCAAGUCCUCAAGCACACCGUCCGCCUCUUCUCCCCUCCGAGAAAGGCCGAGGGCAUCGUGGGCCCGCCGACCGAGGAGGAGUUCGACGAAGCGGAUGUUUGGUGCGUCCAGUACUCCGCGUCGAAACCCGACAAGAGAUUUCCGGUUCACCGGCCGCGGUCUGGGAGAAGGACCGACCCUCGUGUCCGUUCUGCCUCCGGCUCUUGCUCUCUCAGUAAUUCUGGCUUCGACGAAUCGAAAGACGAUAAGAAAUCUUCGGUCCCGUGGUCACGGUCUGCAUGGAGCAAGAUUAAGACUGGGUCUGGCUCUGGCUCUCGUUUGGGUUCGACACCGGUCAAUAUACCUGAUUGGCCAAAAAUUAUGUUGCAGGAGCUAGGGUUUGAGGAGGAGGGGGAGGAGGCAAUUGUGCCGCCACAUGAGGUAGUGAUGAGGAGGAGGGCGGCGUCUUUGUCGGUGGUGGAAGGGAUGGGGAGGACGUUGAAGGGGAGAGAUCUGAGUCGGGUCAGAAAUGCAAUUUGGGCGAAAACCGGAUUCCAAGAUUGAUCCGGAUCCAUUUGAUAAUUUCUCCCUCUCUCUUUUUGCCUUCAUAUGUAUGAGGAUGCUAAAUAAAAACGGGGGUUUUAAAUGGAGGAAUCAGAGCAAUAAAAUGGAAUUUUUUUUUUUUUUUUGAAGAUAUGAAAUACAUUUAGCUUGAUCAACCAAGUAGGUGCAUAUUCC